CAUCUUCUUCCUGGCGGGUGGCUCAGGCCGGCGGGUGCCAUGGACGCAGAUGACACGGGGAAUCGACUUCGGUUCCAGCUGGAGUUAGAGUUUGUUCAGUGUCUGGCGAAUCCAAAUUACCUCAACUUUCUUGCACAAAGAGGCUAUUUCAAAGACAAAGCUUUUGUAAAUUAUCUUAAAUAUUUACUUUAUUGGAAAGAACCUGAAUAUGCAAAAUACCUGAAGUAUCCUCAGUGUUUGCAUAUGUUAGAGCUGCUCCAGUAUGAACAUUUCCGCAAAGAACUGGUGAAUGCUCAGUGUGCCAAGUUCAUUGAUGAGCAGCAGAUUCUUCACUGGCAGCACUAUUCCAGGAAAAGAAUGCGCCUCCAGCAAGCACUUGCAGAGCAGCAGCAACAGAACAACACCUCUGUAAAAUGAGACCAUGUGGGAGCAUGUUGAUGAGGUGACUUUGUCAACUUGAGUGCUUAGGAGAGGAAGGAGCCCUUGUGUGGUUUGGCUCUCGGGGGUGUACAUUUCAUUGUUUUAUUUAUUGACUUUUUAAAAAUUUCAUCUUGUUUAAAAAUCCAGGACUGAUAAAAAACCUCUGCAGUUUAUUUUGGAGCAUGGACAAUUUUGUAAGAGCAUUACUGCAAUUAUUGAUUCCUUUUGAUUUUGAAAAAGAAAUCUGACACUACUGACAUUUAAAUAACUAAAAGUGUAGCUCAGAAGUCUGUUCUUAGGCAUUUUCCCUAGAGAAUAAUGAUGUAUUUUAAGUGUGACUAAGAACUCCGCCAUGUACUACUUUCUGUAACUGCAGGAUGAGCAAAGUUCAAGGAAUGGUGUUCUACAAAAUCAAAAUUGUGGAUUUUUGCCUUGAAACCAACCUGAGCUAUUACUUGUUAUUUUGGUUUACCUGGUAAUCCUUGUUGCUGGGGGUCAUAUAGAAAACAAAGUGUGACAAGAGGACUGCAGGAGUGGAACAGAGAUAAGUAAUAAUAAACUUUGCAGAUACUCAGAAGGAAAUAGGCUGUAGCUGUGUCUAUUCCAUUACAGUCAGCUUACUUUAAUCUUGGCUUUCUGCCAGUGAAGUAGUGGCUGCUCCUGGUUUCUCUACAGGAUGUGUAGUAAAAACAAUUUGUGUUAUAAAAAAGGUGUACAUGCUCUAGCAGGAUUCGAGAAGCAUUUGUCAUUUAUUCCUGUGUAGUUUGUAUUGUAAGAACACAGAUAUUAGCAGUUUCCAGGGGUUUAUAUUUCAUAAAUGACACCAAGACUUGUUGGCCUUCAGCUUAUCAUACUUAAGACUGAACAAAUAAACCAGUAAACAUUUUGACAUUCAGUA